AUGUUGCACCCCAAGAGUUACGAAAUUUACUUCACUUUGAACAAUGGUUCAAAAAUGCCCGCACUCGGGCUCGGUACUGCGAAUCCGCCUGAGAGACUUGCAGAAACAAAACAGGCCGUAAAAGCUGCGGUAAAAGCAGGAUAUAGGCACAUUGAUACUGCGUGGGCCUACGGGACAGAGCAGUACAUUGGAGAAGCCUUGAAAGAGCUGUUUGAGGAGGGUGUUGUGAAAAGGGAAGACCUAUUCAUCACCACAAAGGUGUGGCCAACCCAUUGGGAUAAAGUGAAUGAUUCAUUGGAAUCCUCUCUAAAGAAUUUGGGAGUGGACUACGUUGACCUGCUGCUACAACAUUGGCCAUUGUGCUUUGCAAAAGUCAAGGAUCCCAACGGAAUUGAAGGCCUUGCACGCAACCCCAAGAAUGAAGAUGGCACUGCCAAGUACGAACCCGAUGGAGACUUCUACGAAACCUACAGGCAGCUCGAGAAGUUGUACCUGGACAAGGAUCCUCGUGUGAAAGCUAUUGGCGUUUCGAACUACCCCAUCCCUUAUUUAGAGAAAUUACUAAAGACUUUCAAAGUGGUUCCUGCUAUAAAUCAAGUCGAGUUGCAUCCGUACUUGCCACAACUGGAGCUCCGCGAAUACUGUAAGAAACAUGGGAUCGUCUUAGAAGCCUUUUCCCCCUUCGGUGCAGAUGGCGUGCCCAAUGUUGAGAUCCCAGAAGUCAAGGAAUUUGCUAAAGUCCAUGACGUAUCAGCUAGUGAUGUAUUGCUAUCUUACCACAUCAGACAAGGUGUCGUUGUGGUUCCUCGCUCUUUGAAUCCUACAAGAAUCGCAGGGAAUAUAGAGUUUGUGCCAUUGACGGAAGAAGAACUGGACAGAUUAAAUAAAUUUGGAAUCGGAAGAGAGCGUCGUUACCGUGACGAGCAAUUUUCCUCCUGUAUCCCAACAUUCUAUGAAAACAAAUAA